UUGCAGUGUUUGAGUGUUUUACGCACAUCAGUUCGAUUUCACAGCUCAGAAAUUUCUAUAUUAAGUCGUACAGCUCGUUUUUUUCUAAAAUGGCUUGCUGCUGGCGUUUUGACCGGUGGUUCUGGCAUUUUCGCAUAUAGUGUAUUUCGAGCUGAUGCAAGAUUGCGAAACGAUGAGUACUAUUACUGGGAUUGGAAAUUACGUAUUUAUUGUUCACUGCCAUUCAAUGCGCUUUCACGAAUUACUGGUGGUUUAGCAAGUGUUUAUAUCCCUGUUUGGUUACGAAAGCCACUCAUUGGAACCUAUGUUCGCACAUAUAAUUGUAGAAUGGACGAAGCAGUAAUUGAGGAUAUAUGCGCCUAUCAAACAUUUGCUGCAUUUUUUAAUCGCAAGCUUAAAACUUUACUCAGGCCUAUAAGUGAUGCAUCUUUGGUGAUGUCAAUUUUAUUCGUUUCACCUGCUGAUGGAAUCAUUGUUCAUUGUGGCAAAAUAAAUAAUGAUAAAAUCGAAUUUGUGAAAGGUCGCCAUUAUUCUCUCGAAGAAUUCCUAGGUUUAUCGAGGGUGAACGCAAGUGAGGAUGGUUGUGAUUUAUACCAAAUGGUUAUUUAUUUAGCUCCUGGUAAUUAUCAUGGAUUCCAUGCACCUGCAGAAUGGAUUACUGAGUAUCACAUACAUCAUCCUGGGCUACUUUUAUCUGUUCGCCCAAAUUUAUUGCAACGUCUUCCGAUUUUGUUUUGUUUAAAUGAAAGAGUUGUACUGAAUGGGCAAUGGAAACAUGGUUUCUUUUCUAUGAUCGCUGUUGCUGCUUCCAACGUUGGUGACAUCAGUAUUGAAGGAGAUUCAGAACUGCCUGCAAAGUCAAACCAUUUUCUGAGAAAGGAUAAUUCAUCCUUAAAAAAUAGUUUUGAGCGUAUUUACUCACGCGGUGAAAAAGUGGGUGAAUUCCGACUCGGAUCAUCCAUUAUUUUGAUUUUUGAAGCUCCUCCAACACUCAAAUUUGCUGUAAAAGCUGGUGAUAAUGUGCGAUAUGGACAAAGUCUUAUAAUGGAGGAUAUAUGA